UUUGAAUUCCUGUUUUUCUAACCACCCUCAUGUGACAGGAUAUCUCCUUACUGGAGGGUUUUCCUAAAUUCAGGAGCCCUUUAUAAGGGGCAGCUUCCUCCUGCCUCCUUUUCACCCUGAGGACCCAGGCCAGGCUGGGGGCACUGUCAGGGGCCCUGUGUGUUUCUUUUUCACGUUCUCCUUUCCAUCUGCGGGAGAGAAGGAUACACCGUGGGCCAUGAGGCUGUCCCUACUCCUGGGUUUUGUCUCUGCCAUUCCAGUUGCUGUGCAGCUCCUGGAUACAAGACAAUUUUUAAUCUAUAAUGAAGAUCACAAGCGCUGUGUAGAAGCCGUCAGCCCCAAUGCAGUUCAAACUGCCCUUUGCAACCAGGACGCCGAGUCACAGAAAUUCCGAUGGGUGUCUCCGGUCCAGCUCAUGAGUGUUGCUUUUAAGUUAUGCUUGGGGGUGCCGUCAAAAACCGAUUGGGUUCCAGUCACCCUUUAUCCCUGCAACUCCAAAAGUGAAAUUCAGAAAUGGGAGUGCAAAAACGACACACUUUUUGGGAUCAAGGGCGAAGAUCUAUAUUUUAAUUUUGGCAAUAAACAAGAAAAGAAUAUUAUGUUGUACAAGGGGUCUGGCUUAUGGAGCCGGUGGAAGAUCUACGGAACCACAGACGACCUGUGCUCCAGAGGUUAUGAAGUCAUGUACACGCUGCUGGGCAAUGCAAAUGGAGCCCCCUGUGCAUUCCCGUUCAAGUUUGAAAACAAGUGGUACGCAGACUGCACAAGUGCUGGCCGGUCGGAUGGAUGGCUCUGGUGCGGGACCACCACAGACUAUGACUCUGAUAAGCUGUUUGGAUUUUGUCCUGUGAAAUUUGAGGGCAGUGGAAGAUUAUGGACGAAGGACCCACUGACGAGCAUCCUUUACCAGAUCAACGCCAAAUCUGCGCUGACAUGGCAACAGGCGAGGAGGAGCUGCCAACAGCAAGACGCUGAGCUCCUGAGCAUCACAGAGAUUCAUGAGCAGACAUACUUAACAGGAUUGACCAGUUCCUUGACUUCAGGACUCUGGAUCGGACUUAACAGUCUGAGCUUUAACAGUGGUUGGCAGUGGAGUGGCGGCAGUCCAUUCCGGUACUUGAACUGGUUGCCAGGAAGUCCAUCAGUGGAACCUGGAAAAAGCUGCGUGUCCCUAAAUCCUGGAAAAAAUGCUAAAUGGGAAAACCUGGAAUGUGUUCAGAAACUGGGAUAUAUUUGUAAAAAGGGCAACAAUACUUUGAAUUCUUUUAUAAUUCCCUCAGAAACUGAUGUGCCUAGUACCUGUCCUACUCAGUGGUGGUCCUAUGCAGGCCACUGUUACAAGAUUCACAAAGAAGCAAAGAAAAUCCAGAGAGAUGCCCUGACUGCAUGUCGGAAGGAGGGCGGGGACCUCGCCAGCAUUCACACCAUUGAGGAAUUUGACUUUAUCAUCUCCCAGCUGGGAUACGAGCCCAGUGAUGAGUUAUGGAUUGGUUUAAAUGACAUCAAGAUUCAAAUGUUCUUUGAGUGGAGCGAUGGGACCCCCGUAACGUUCACCAAGUGGCUGCGUGGAGAACCCAGCCACGAGAACAACCGGCAGGAGGACUGUGUGGUGAUGAAGGGCAAGGAUGGGUUCUGGGCAGACAGGGCUUGUGAGCAUCCACUUGGUUACAUCUGCAAGAUGAAAUCCCAAACCCAAGCUCCAGGAACAGUGGAAGAGGAAACAGGCUGCCGGAAGGGCUGGAAAAGACAUGGCUUUUACUGCUAUUUGAUUGGAAACACACUGUCCACAUUUUCAGAAGCAAACCAAACAUGCAUAAAUGAAAAGGCUUAUUUAACAACUGUUGAAGACAGAUAUGAACAAGCAUUCCUGACUAGUUUGGUUGGAUUGAGGCCUGAAAAAUAUUUUUGGACAGGACUUUCAGAUAUACAAGUCAAAGGCACCUUUCAAUGGACAGUGCAAGAGGAGGUCCAGUUCACACACUGGAAUGCAGAUAUGCCAGGGCGAAAGGCAGGUUGUGUCGCCAUGAAGACUGGGAUUGCAGGGGGAUUAUGGGAUGUUCUGAAAUGUGAUCAAAAGGCAAAAUUUGUUUGCAAGCACUGGGCAGAAGGAGUAACUCGCCCACCGGAGCCCACAACAACCCCUGAACCCAAAUGCCCAGAGGAUUGGGGCACCACCACAAAAACAAGCUCGUGUUUCAAGCUGUUUGCAAAAGGAAAACAUGAGAAGAAAACGUGGUUUGAAUCUCGGGAUUUUUGUAGAGCCCUGGGUGGAGAGCUAGCUGCUAUCAAGAAUAAAGAUGAACUGCAAGCAAUAUGGAGAUUGAUAACGAGCACUAGAAGUUAUCAUGAGACGUUCUGGUUGGGACUGACAUAUGGCGGUAGUUCAGAAGGCUUCACUUGGAGUUCUGGCUCUCCGGUUAUUUAUGAAAACUGGGCUUAUGGGGAACCCAAUAAUUAUAAUAACGUUGAAUACUGCGGUGAGAUGAAAGGUGACCCUAGUAUGAACUGGAAUGACAUUAACUGUGAACAUCUGAACAACUGGAUUUGUCAGAUACAAAAAGGAAAAACACCAAAUCCAGAGCCAACACCAGCUCCGCAAGAAAAUCCUCCAGUCACUGAAGAUGGGUGGGUUGUUUACAAAGAGUCCCAGUAUUAUUUUAGCAAAGAGAAGGAAAGCAUGGAAAAUGCACGAGCUUUUUGCAAGAAGAAUUUUGGUGAUCUGGUUACUGUUCAAAGUGAAAGCGAAAAGAAGUUUCUAUGGAAAUAUGUAAACAGAAAGGGUGCACCGUCAGUGUCAGCGUAUUUUAUUGGUUUAUCAAUCAGCUUGGAUAAGACGUUUAUUUGGAUGGAUGGAACCAAAGUGGAUUAUGUGUCUUGGGCCCCAGGUGAACCCAAUUUUGCAAAUGAUGAUGAAAACUGUGUAACCUUAUACACAGAUUCAGGCUUGUGGAAUGACAUUAACUGUGGUUAUCCAAAUACCUUCAUAUGUGAGAGACACAACAGCAGCAUUAACACCACCCAAGAAGGACCCACCACACCCCCAACCCCAGGUGGCUGUAAGGAUGGUUGGAACUUUUAUAACAACAAGUGUUACAAAAUCUUUGGAUUUGUUGAAGAAGAGAGAAAAAAUUGGCAGGAGGCACGAAAAGCUUGCAUAGGAUUGAAAGGGAAUCUGGUUUCCAUACUCAAUGAGAGGGAGCAAGCAUUUCUUAACUCCCGUAUGAAGGAUUCCACUUCUCACGCCUGGAUUGGGCUGAACGAUGUCAAUUCAGAGCACAAGUUCCUCUGGACGGACGGACGAGGAGUUCAGUAUACGAACUGGGGGAAUGGCUUCCCUGGUGGAAGAAGAAGCAGCCUUUCUUAUGAAGAUGCCGACUGUGUCGUUAUUAUGGGAGGGAAAUCAAUGGACGCAGGGAAAUGGAUGGACGACAUCUGUGACAGCCAGAAAGGCUACAUAUGCCAGACUCGGCCGGAUCGUUACUUGAUUACUCCUCCCACAACAGCUCCAGCAAAUGGCUUUAGUAAAUAUGGUGAAAGCAGCUAUUCACUCAUGAAAUAUAAGUUAUCAUGGUAUGAAGCAGAGAAAUAUUGCAAGGAGUACACUUCCCUGAUGGCGAGCAUUCUGGAUCCCUAUACUGAUGCAUUUUUGUGGUUAAAAAUGCAGCCAUUUAAUGUACCUGUGUGGAUCGGCCUGAACAGUAACUUGACCAACAAUGACUACACUUGGGUCGAUAAAUGGAGGAUGAGAUACAAUAACUGGGCAGCUAAUGAGCCCAAGCUGAAGUCAGCAUGUGUUUAUAAGGAUGUUGAUGGCUUCUGGAAGACAUCACAUUGCAAUGAAAGUUUUUAUUUUUUCUGCAAGAGAUCAGAUGAGAUUCCUGCCACUGAACCGCCACAACUGCCGGGCAGGUGUCCGGAGUCAGAGCUCAAUGCGUGGAUUCCUUUCCAUGGUCACUGCUACUACAUCGAAUCUUCAUUCACAAGGAACUGGGGCCAGGCUUCUCUGGAAUGUCUUCGGAUGAGUUCCACUCUGGUUUCCAUUGAAAAUGCUGCUGAAUCCAGUUUUCUGUCGUAUCGAGUUGAACCUCUUAGAAGUAAAACCAAUUUUUGGAUAGGAUUGUUCAGAAAUGUUGAAGGAAAGUGGCUCUGGUUAAACAACAGCCCGCUGUCCUUCGUCAACUGGAACUCGGGAGAUCCCUCUACCGAGAGGAAUGAUUGUGUAGUUAUGGCUGCCUCUUCAGGAGCUUGGACUAAUAUCCACUGUUCUUCCUACAAAGGAUUUAUCUGUAAAAGACCAAAAAUUAUUGAUCCUCUACCGACUCAGACAUCAAACACAACACAAGCUGGCCCAGGAAAGAUGGGACCUUCCAAAAAAUCUUCCAGUUCAGCGGGAGUGGUGGUCGUCGUGGUCCUUCUGAUCGUAACAGGUGCUGCCCUGGCUGCCUAUUACUUUUAUAAGAAGAGACGGGUGCACCUACCUCAGGAAACCACCUUUGAAAAUACUCUCUAUUUUAACAGUCAUUCAAGUCCAGGCACUAGUGACACAAAAGAUCUCAUGGGAAAUAUUGAACAGAAUGAACACGCAGUCAUCUAGCAUCGCAAUGUCAUGUUGUUUCGUUUGGAUUUUAUAAAAUUGUAACUAAAGUUUUUAAUUCAAUGUGAUUGUUUCUUUUACAAAUUAGUACUGCAUUGUAUUGGUCUGUCCCUUUUCUUUGCCUAAUUGAAGAAAUAAUUGCUUGUUUUCUAGCCUGGCAAGAUAUUUUCACAAAAAAGGGAUAAUAACGUUGAGGACUACUUUCAAAAAUAUCUUGGGUGAAAACACAGCACCACACUACCAAUAUUUCAGCAUCAUGCUGAUCAUAAGAGUCCCAGAAAUGGGCUGAGGGUAUAGCUUAGAGGGACAGUGCCUGCCUGGCAAGUGCAAGGUCCUGAGUUUGAUUCCUGGUAGCACAAAACAUAACAAAACAAACAGUUCCAAAAAUAACUACCCAAACUCUUGAAAUAUUUUAAGGAGCUCUCAAAGAUAUGUCACUACUAAACUGUAAUUCAACAAUUAGAAGACCAUUUUUAAAAUAAGUACAGAUAAGCAGAGACAGAAUAAAAAUUGAAUCAGCUUUUUCCUUUACUGGUCUUGAAAUCACUCCAGUUAUUUAGGAUUGUGUUGUAUCCAAAUGAAGAAGAAUAAGGUGGCAGCGAAUCUUGUUUUGCCCGGGCAAGAUUUUAGGGGCUGAAUAUGACAAAUGUGUUUUUUCUCCCUUAUAUGUAUAUCAGAAAGGCAAAGAUGUGAAAUAGAAAUGUAAAUUUGCAUAACUGGAUGUACUUAGAUAAUAUGAAAUGAACAUUAAAGACAAGGUCUAUUUUUAAUAAAUUUGUAUUUUGGUGAUAUUAUUAAGUGUCAAUUUGCUUUAAAUAAUAUUUACUUUACACUUUACUUUUAAACAGCAUCAUUAGAAGAAUUCUUAAAAUUGAACUCUUCAUCUGUUUGGAAAAGGUAUGUUACUAAAACACCAUGCAUCAAAUGAAAAUUUUUUUUUACCAUCAUAAACUAUAUGGUUUUCCUAGUUCUUCCCUUAUAACAUAAACUCAACUCAAAAUUCAAAAGUUGAAAGCACUAUUAUGGGGAAGUAAAACAUGUUACCUCCCUGCAGCAAUUCCUUUUUGCUUAAGAAUCUUGCAUUAGAUAAAGCUUUAGCUAUAGUAUGGAGUAUCUUGUACGUUACACAUUCCCACACUGGUACCAUCCUGCUGGCCCAUUCUUUUACUUCCUUCAUGGGUAGCACACAGGCAGAAGGUCUUCAUCCAGGAUCACAGGAAAGGCUUUCUUAGAUGGCAUUACAAACACAAGGAGAUGCACAAAUGUGUUUAUUUGCAUGUGUGCUUUUUAUUGGGGGUGGGGUGGAUAGCUAAAUUUUCAAGAGUGUACAUAAUUUAAAAAAAAAAAAAAGAUUAAGAAGAAGCCAACUGAGUAGGUAGGAUGAUGGGCUUUCUAAGACCCAGACUUACAUAGGUAUCAGGGAGAAAGAAGCAAGAAAUGAAAAGUGGACAAUUUUGGAAAAGCUUGUUGGGUACAAACAACUCUCUUCUACACCUCAAAUAAGAGAAAGCAAAUUGCUCUUCAUUUUCUUGGUACGAACAAGCCAUGUUCCAUUUGAAGAAUUCCCAGCAGAAGCAAUGGCUACGUUGUCAAAGCAGCGUGUAAGGAAUUAUACCACAUGUGUAUGUGUGUGUGUGUCAGGGUAUGGGCUGUAUGUGUGUGAGAGUCUGCCUUCAAGAUACAUGAUGGAAUAAGAAGAAAUACAUGAAAGGCAUGGUUUACGAAUUAUUCAUACAAGUUUUUUCAUUGUUAUUCAGGGCUGUAUUUUCACAGAAAAUAUUUUGGACUCCAAAGAACACAUACCUCAGACUUAAAUAUCUUAUCAUUUCAGGAAACAAUGUGUGUUUGGCAAGGUUUCUGAGUAUGACAUUUCACACCCUUGGAUUAUCUGCUCAGACACAUAAUCAAAUAGAUAAAUCAUGUGUAUCUACAUACCUAUCCAAACACAGCGCUAAAAUAUCAAAUAUAUAUUUUGGGAUAUGGUACUGGGUAGCGAAGAGUAAUUUCUGUGUUUCUUUUUCAUUUAUUCUUAUAUUUGAUUGGUGUAGUUUAUUUGUUGUUUUUUCUUUUUAAGCAGAAUGUUCUCUCUGGGGGUUAAAUGUUUAAGUGCUGUUGCUUUCUUCACUGGCUUUGCGUUUGGUUUAGGUUUUCAUCAGACUCUAGUAGCUAGAAGAUAACAGAAUGUCAUUUUUCUCCAGUGGAGCUCAAAUAAUGUGAAUCGUCUGUAACUUGAACUCAAAAAUAAAGGUGAUAUGUAGAGAGA